AAGUCACUUCCGGGGAGGGAAAAAAGUUCUGCUAAAGUUUUUUAAACUUAAUUUACUAAACUUAGAUCUAGUUUCAGAACAAAGCAUUCAUGCUCUGAUAGUUGAAAUAAUGUUAACAAAGGCAAUUUUAACUUUUCUAACGUCCAAAGUUGUUCUGAAAAGAGGACGAACAACUCAUAAUCUCGUUUUGAGUUCAAGAAAAUUAGGACUUUCUGGAGCCUGUACAGAUAAAAAACUCUUCACCCCUGGCCCAUUAUGUGUUUCUAUGACAACCAAACAGGCAAUGUUACGGGAUCUAGGUUCAAGGGACACAGAAUUUGUAGAUACUGUAAAAUACAUCCGAAGCCAACUUGAAAAUAUCUCAGGUUCUAAUGAAGACGCCUAUACUUGUAUACCAAUUCAAGGCAGUGGCACAUUUGCUGUAGAAUCAAUCUUCCAGACUACUGUGCCGAGGACCAAUGCGAAGGUUCUUAUUCUUGCUAAUGGGGCAUAUGGCAAGCGCAUGGCAGCCAUUUGUCGUGCACUUAACAUUGACCACCAUAUAGAACUGUUUCCUGAAAAUGAACAAGUUAGUUCGACUCGAGUGGAGGAACUGUUACAAAGCGAUAAUUUUAGUAAUGUGUCUAUAGUCCAUUGUGAAACUAGCAGUGGAGUUGUUAACCCUAUUCAAGACAUAGGACGCAUUACUAAAGAAUACCAACCAAAUGCUCUCUAUAUUGUGGAUGCCAUGAGUAGUUUUGGUGCUAUCCCCAUCAACAUGGAGGCGUCAAACAUUGAUUUCCUGGCCACAUCUGCUAACAAAUGUCUGCAAGGCGUUCCUGGCUUUGCAUUUGUUAUUGCUAAAGUUGAGCAACUUAAACUCUGUAAAGGUCAGUCCAGAAGUCUGAGCCUCGACUUGCUAGGUCAGUAUACUGCACUUGAAAAUACAGGACAGUUCCGUUUUACUCCACCAACACAUACGAUGCUUGCCCUCAAACAGGCAUUGGCAGAACUGGAGGAAGAAGGUGGAGUUGAAGGAAGGGCCAAAAGGUAUCAGAACAAUUGCAGCAUUCUUCGUGAUGGAAUGUCAAAGCUCGGAUUCAAAGAAUUCCUUAGUGAUGAACAUACAGGCUACAUCAUUACUUCUUUCUAUAUGCCCAGUGAUCCACAGUUCACAUUCACCGAUUUCUACAGCAAAUUAAGUGAUCUGGGACAAGUGAUCUAUCCAGGGAAGGUGAAUGAUGCUGAUUGCUUCAGAAUUGGGAAUAUUGGAGACUUGAGUGGAGAUGACAUGAGACAUCUCCUUAUGUGUGUAAAACAGGUCUGCAAGGAUAUGUGUGUUAAAUUACCUCUCAGUUAAUGCCUAUAUAUGAUGACAUAUAUGGGUGUAAUCAUAUACAUAUAAGUAUAUAGCCACAUGUGAACAUAUUUGAUACCAAGCAUUUUGAUAAUAAAAUGUGCAAUAUAAUUCUGGAUAUUGCAUGCAUGGAACUGGUCUGUAAUAGAAAAGAUGUGGAGGAUGAUUUCUGGCAACUGAGGCCUGAUAAUGUUUAAACUAAAACAUAUGUCCAUAAUGAAUGAUACUUGAUAACAAUGAAGUGCAGUAUAACCUUGAUAUUAUAUGUAAGAAUAAAGUUGUGCAGACAGCUACUUGUAUGAGGCCUUGAUGAUGUGGAGUCACUCAAUGAUAUAUAGUGAAGCCAGUGUAAGAAGAACACCAUUGUUUCUGGUGAAAAGUGUUCUGCUUGACAAGUUUUACUAAAGAGAAUAGAACUAGAAGUACAUGUAUUAGGACUAAUGGAAGGACCUUUCAUGAUAAAAAGUGCAAUAUUAUUACAAACCCUUGGAUUGUAGCUUUUCAUAUAUACAUGUAAUAGGUAAUAAUAGAUAUAAUACAUACAGUGCUAUAUUUUUACUUCUAAUAGACAAAUAUUUUACAGAUAUUACGUGACCCAUAACCAAUUAUAUCAGAGACAUAUUUUUUGAAAUAAUAAAUUGUAACAAUAAAUUAAGACAUAAAGCAAUAUUGUAUUGUAUGUAUUGUAUUGUGUAUUUAUCUUUCAGUUCAGUGCAAUGUUUGACAGUUACUGUUAGUAUUUUCUUAGAAUUCUUAGAUAAACAAAAUCACUCAACUACUUUUCCAGUUAUAGCAAAAAAACAUAAAUAAAUAGUACCAUGGGUACUGGGCUCACAUGUUAUUGUGGUCCAAAUGAGUGAUAGGUAAAAUGGCCGACAAUAAAAAGCAAAUAUAAAUUUGACAAAUUUUUUAAAAAUUAUUUUAUAAAA